AUGUACCCCACCGACUUCAAGAACAUCUACCCGGAGCAGCUCUACGGUGGGGCACCGUCGGGGCGCACGCUGACGCUGCUGGCUGCGGCGUACGAGUGCGACACUGAGGCGCGUUCCGUGGUGACGGAACGUGGUGACGGAACGACGGUGCUGGAGCUGGAGGUCGCUGCGGGGACUUAUGCGUUGCCCCAGGUCUUUGAUGGUGGAGUGGACAGCGGCAACAAUGCUUGGGCAGCCAUGGCCUUCGCACACUAUGCAGCAGAGAGCGGCAAGGGCUGCUUCCGCGCAGCGGCGGAGGACUUACUUCACGCCCUCGGCAUGGGCGGGGCGUGUUUGGAUGACCUGGGUGGUUUCCUUGGACGUUUGCCUCCCGCCCGUGGACACCAACGGUCCUUGGAGCACAAUAUCGACCUCUUCGCUCUCAGUGGAAUGCUACAGAAGUGGGAUUCUCAAGAACGUGCAAGGAAGUUUGUCAAGAGCAUGUACGGGAAAAAACAAGGCGACGGCUGGGGGAGUCGCGAUGACUACCCCGACGCCUACAAUGUGGGCACCAUCGGCGCCGACGUGUGCGAUGGACGGUUUGCACAGGGUGAUGGCGUUCCUGCAGAUGGGCAGUUUUGGAAUCUGCUGGCGGAGGUGGAUAACCACGCAGACCGGGUGGGCAAGUCUGUGAGCUGGGUCAUCUAUUCGGAUUGGCUCUGGGAUUUCGACCAGGACAGCUUGUCCGGUUUGAGCCCGGCGCCCACGCUCCAUGGCGCACGCUUCACCUCCAAAGGCUUCGGCAUCCAAUUCGAGGAGACGGCGGGCGCCGUGAUCGCGUUGAACCACUUCCUACACUUUCGAGCCUCGGGCAGUGAGGAAGGCUUCAAGAAGCAGAUGAAGCUGCGGCUGAAUGCCAGCAGGACCUCCUUGCGCACCCUCUUGAAGACCUACGGCGCGGUGCCGGCCUCCGUGCGCGGCGGCAACGGCGACGCCUACAACGAGCGCAACGCCUACGCGGCCGAUCCUGGUGGAUCGGACACGGGGAUGGGCGCCUCGGUGGAGCGAUGGGGGGCGCCGGCGCCUGGGCGGGGAGGUGCCUGGGCCCCCCAAUGGAGCCCUCCGAGACGGGACUGA